AUGUUCACAAUUUAUAUGAUACUACAGAUCUUUGCAGCAUCCAAAGAGAUUUCUAUUAUCCCUAAUGAAUUCAAUAUUAUUGAUACCUUUCAAAAUUUUGGAAUUAUUUUAGGAGCAAACAUUACAUAUUUAUCAGAAAAUUCUCAUUAAUGUGACAUAAUCAAAUAGAAAUUAAUUAAUUCAUAAAUUAAUGAAAUACUUUUGGUUCCUAAUGCUAAAGAACAUUUUUUCGAGUCUUAAUUUAUUAAUGGCUCUUUGAAGGAAUAGAUUAACUAUAAUUAUAUACUUUCUAUGGUUCCAAUUUAAAUUGAAACAGUUGUUGCUGUUAUCCUAUUUAGUAAUGGAAAUCUAGCUUAUAUAAAGGAAGAUAAUAAUAAUUUUAUUUUUGUAGAUUCAAAUUAUUCAAUAUCAAUUGAUUAGACUUAAUUAAAAAUUCCUGUUUAUAUGUUUUAUUUAUCAAAAACUAAAUAGAUUCUAAUAAUACUACAUAAAGAAUUAAUAAAAAUAUCUAUAAACUUCAACAAAUCAAAUAUUUUUGAAAGCAGUUUAAAAUAGGAUGAUAGCAGAUUCUUGACAACUUAAAAUAUAUUAUUUGUUGAAAAUCUUCUUUUUAUUGCUGGAGGCUAAGAAUUGGCUAUUUAUUCUAUUGAUUUAGAAACUUUUGAAAAAGUGGAUAAUUCUAAUUUAACUAUGAAUUUUAUUGAUAUAAAAGUUUUCUUUGAAAAUGGGAUUUACAAAGUAUUCUCUUUACAUAGAAAAUAAGGAGUAAAAAUAUUUACUUAUGAUCCAAAUCUAUAAGUAUUUAAUUAAACUUCACCUCUUCAUAGAAUUCCUUAAUAAGGAUAUAUACUUGGUGUUUAUUAUAAUAUUUUAAUUAUUGUUGAUGAUGAACAAAAUCAAUCUAUUGUAUAUGAAUUCCAUUAUUCAUAAAAAGAUGAUCUAUGGAAUUUUUUUAAUUUAUAUAAAUCAUAAAAAAAGAUUAAAGAUAUUGAAUUUACUGAGCAUUACGCAAUUUUAAUUGGUUCAAAUGGACAUGAAAUUAUUUAUCACUCCUUACCUACUGAAGAUUAUGAGAUGAAGAAUUAGGUUAUUAUUCCUGGAUUAGAAUCAAUUUAUUUCUUAAAUAAAACAGGAAAUUAUAAUCAAUCAUUGAUAGGAAUAACAAAAUAUACAUUUUUUGCUUCUUAAUUUUAUCUUUCUCCUCAAAAAAUUAGAUGCCAUAAUAUAAAUACUUCUACUCCAAUGCGAUUCAUCUAUUAUUAGAAUUCUACUUAAUGCUCAAAAUUACUUCAAAAAGAAGAAAGAAAAAUUUGCCUUUUUAUUUAAAAUUACACAGUUAAUUACAUUCAUACAAUUAUCUCUUCAAAAUACAAAAUAUAAUUUGAAAUCAUUUUAGGAGUCUCCCUUAUUAUAUUUAUUAUUCUUCUUAUAAUUAAAAAAAGCAGGAAGAAUAUUAAAAAUACUUUUCAUAUUGAAGCAGCUUAAUAGCCUGAUAUUCAAAGACAUUAAAGUUCCAUAGGAACUCCAAUGAUAAAUGAAAAACAAAGUUUGUUCUCAAAUUAAAAUUAAGAAAGUAACAUAAAUGAAAAAUCAGAUAGUAACAUAAAUGAAAAAUCAGAUAGUAACAUAAAUGAAAAAUCAGAUAGUAACAUAAAUGAAAAAUCAGAGAGUAACAUAAAUGAAAAAUCAAAUUUAAAUAAUGAAAGUAAUUAAUAAUUAAUUUCAAAUGGAUCUUCCUUGUUUCAAUAAGAAAUUGAAGAAAAACAAAAUAUAUUACAUCAAUCAAUAAAAAUAGAUCAAAAUCCUAGUUGA